AUGAUGAUUGAUGAUGGCGGCGGCGACGGCGGCAGUAGCAGCAGCAGCAGCAGCAGCAGCGAUGAACAGGAACGGGAACGGGAAUGGGAAUGGGGAUGGGGAUGGGAGAACGAAAGAGACGAGAGCGAGAGGUCGCGAACGAGGACGAGGACGAGGACGAUGGAUGCGGAGGUAAGGCAGGGCGACGACGACGACGAGGACGAUAGGAAGAAGGACGAGGACGAGGACAACGCGCACAUGAUGAACAGACAUCAAGGACCCCCGAAAGCGUGCAUUGUGAUUAUUAUCAAGAAUCACGACGAUUGGGGGCAGGCGGGCGCGCGAGCAAGAGCCGAGAGAAGGAAAGGACGGAACAGCCGCCGGUGGGAAUGGGAAUGGUGA